CAUGUUCUAAUUUAAAAAAAAAAUCAUUUAAAACGCCCUCAAAUUUCUGCAAAUAAUAUAAAUACUAAGCAAAAUGUCGUUUUAAAUACUAACCAAUAUACGGAUCUAUAAACAAUUGUGCAAAACUUUAAAGAAUUUAGCUGCGAAAAGAUGAUAAAUUAGAAAAUCGAAAUAUGUGUUUGCUUUGACUAAAGUAUAUCGCAUCAUAUAUAGCAGCCCCCCAAAUAAAAAAUUGCAUAACAGCUCUGUGUAGUGCAAGUUAUUAAAAAAAUUAAAUUAAAAACAAAAGAAGUCCAUGAAGCCCCGCUUUAAAAUGUCAAAAGUGUAAAUAUUUAAACAAUACAACGCAAUUUUAUAGGAUUUUUUUUAUACCUACAACACAUUUUCAAAUAUUCUAAUAAUAUAAAUUGGGGAUAAUAAGAUUUAAAUUUGACAACAUUCAAUUUAUGUACUAACAAAAACCCACCGGUAAAAUAUUAAUUGCAAAAUUAGCAACGUGGAAUUGGAUUUGCAACAAAUAAAAACAAAAACCAACCAUUCGAACGUAGUACCCAUAAUACAACUUAUAAACAAAAUAAACUUAAAGAGAACGACAAAAAAUUGGCCAAGCAACAAUGAUGGCGCAAACCAAAAGUUAGGAAACCACAAUUUCAAACAUAAUCAUAAAACAUCAUUAUCAUCGUAGUCAUAAUCACAAUGCUCCACAACAGCAAUAGAAAAUAAGCAGCCAAGCAGGCAAAGAACAACAAUACAAUUAAAAAACUUGAACAUAUGAAGUUGAAGAAGUUGCACUUUGAAAUUCACCACAACCGUUCUUUCAGGUGUAAUGAACAAUACACUCUCACACCAUUCAUAGAUACAAAAGAGAGAGAGAGCUGCAAUUUUAAGAGAACUAAUUAUUGCGUGAGAGUUAUACAAAAACACCUUUAAAAACAGCGGUUGUCUGGUUGUUUACAUGAAGCGGUCAAAAUAAAGGUAGAAAUACAAAAAAAACAUACUGCCUGGCCGUCUGAAUGUGUGAGUUGCGGCGAAAGCAAAAAAGAAGGUAUAACAAAGUAGAAAACAAAAAACAGAGCGAAGUAUAAAAGCCAAAUUAGAAUUAGCAACGUAACCAACAGUAUUUAAAAACAACAACAAAAGUUGAAAUUCAAGCAACAAACGCCUAGCGUUAAAAAGAGACAACAAUAUUGUAUUAAAUACAACGUCAACAAACCAACACCAAUAUACACGUUCAACGUAAUUCACCACUUAGUAAACGUUCCAGAGAGAGAGAGAGUGUGUGAAAGAGUGGAAUAGCAAGUCAAGUUAAUAACAGAAUCGCAUAGAACAGGCAAAAAGAAACAACUACAGUCAACCAUCAAAAUCAACUCGCAAUAGAACAAACAGCUAACGAGGAGCAGAUCGACCGACCGAGCGACCAAACGUCGGACAUAAGUUUUGUUUUUUGUGCGGUCGAAGAGCAAAUAACGCAGCAAUUGUCGGCGAUUCCGCAGUCUGCUUUAGAAGGGACAUGGCCGUCUUUUUGCUCAACAUUUGUAAAUUUAAUGGCUGCGGAAUCACAUUUCCAAGUUUGGGUGAUUUAAUCCAACACAUUGAGGACACACAUAUUGAUUAUGAUCCAAAAGUGGUGGAACAAAAAGAGCAGGCCCAACCGGCUUGUCUACCGUUGAGCUAUGUCUUACGAUUUAUAUCGGACGAUGCACGUAAAGAGAGUCCCUUUCUUACAGCAAAUGCAGCGGGCGUUGAACUUAAACGCAAGCUUGCGAUUAAACAUCACAGCUAUAGCAUGUCUUCAUCAAAUCGCAGUAAUACGCCUACCGGCAGUGAAAUGGAUGAAGAUGAAAUGGUUGUUUCUGAAUCAGAGGAUAGCAAUGAUUCGUGGACAACCGAAGAAUUUAGUUCUGAAUUCAUAAUGCGCUAUGGCAGCAGGCAUUCCGGAUCCGGCAGCAAUGGCACUCCCGGCAAUGAAAAACCAUUUGCAUGUCCUGUUCCGGGGUGUAAAAAACGCUAUAAAAAUGUGAAUGGCAUUAAAUAUCAUUCGAAGAAUGGCCAUAAAAAGGACGGCAAAGUACGCAAAGGCUAUAAAUGUCAUUGUGGCAAAAGUUAUAAGACUGCCCAAGGUUUGAAAAGCCAUGCUUUGGUGGCACACAAUUCCUCGCCCGAGAAUGUGUUGGCAACGCAAAAUUUGGGUAGCGUGCUCACCACCACUAGCGGCGGUAUACUCCUGCAACGCAGUAGCUCUCCGUCGCAGUCGUUGGGUUCUUUGAGUCCGUCUAGUAUUAGCAACAUGUCUAGCGGUGCAAGUAGUUGCCAUGGCAGCGGUGGACAUUUCUCAAAUAGCAACAGCUCUACUGUUGGUUCUACAGCUUGUGUAGGCCAAGCUAUUAAUGGAACAACUCUAAACAUACAACCUCAACAGCAGCAGCAACAAUACACAACAACUGCCAAUAAUCAUCAGCAACAAGUUGUUACUGCUGGAGGAGUUUCAAGCGGCGUUGCAGUACAAUCGUCACUGACGGGUUCAAUAGCGGCGGCUGCUGCAGCCUCAGUAACACACAAUACAACAGCAACAGGUAACAGCAACAAUUUAUUGCGCAACACCAUUAAUUUGGUGUCAUUGAAAACCCAUAACAGUGGCAACAUCAACCACAACGGUAAUAAUGGUAGUAAUGGUAAUGGUAUUAACAACAUUACCACCGCCUCGUUGGCUACUACGAAAACAGCAGCGGCCACAAAUCUAUUGGCGGCUAAUGCUGCUGCUAGUAAAAUUUUAAAAUUAGCCACUAAUGUUGCUGCCGCUGCUGCAAAUAAUAAUGCCACCACCAGUGCUACUAGUGGUGUAACAUCGAUGGUGGUCGAUCAACAGCAGUUUUUAAGUAAACAGCAAACGGUAACAGCGACAGCAACAGCUACUAAAAUAACUUUACCAAAUUUGGUAAAUUUAGGUAUUUUAACGCCGGCAACAUCGCCAACAAAAACUACACAAUCGUUAACAUUUACGCAACAACAGCAUCACCAUCACCAGCAGCAGCAGCAACAACAGACGCUUAGCAAUGCUCUGAAUAGUUUAACAACAGCAACGCAUAUAAUGCAACAACAGCAGCAAAAAACGAUGCAAACAAAUUCUAAUAAUUCUUCUAAUACUAACAACAACAACAACAAUAACCAUCUAACAACUACAAAUAAAAAUAAUAUAUUGCUUGUUGAACAACAUCAACAACAGCAACAACAACUCCAAACACAAUCUCAAUCAUCAACAUCAUCAUCACAACAUCAACAACAUCUUCCAUUAACUCCCAUUAGUCCAAAUAGUGUAAGUUUACAACAACAGAAACAAAAUGCUGUUGCUGUAGCAAAUGUUUUAAAUGCCACCAUACAACAACAUAAAAACAAACAACAGCAGCAGCAACACCAGCAACAACAAAUUGUUGGUAGCAUACAUUUAACACAAAUUACCAGCAAUGGCAAUGCUAGUGUUAAUGCUAAUAAACAACAAACAACACAACAUAUAACAACAGCUGGCUCCUCCACCUCGCCACCACCAUCAAACAUUAAUUCACCUAAUAGUUCUAAUGGUGGUGGUAGUGGUGGUGGCGGCAGCAGCGGUAGUAGUAGUAUUGUUUGUUCACCCACUUCACACAGUUCGUCCUCAGACGUUAUGUCUUUAACUGUUGCCGUUGCUGAUGCUGGUGUUGGUUCUAUUAGCGAGGAAACGUAGCCUAUACUAAAGAAACUUUUAAUGCGUCGUAAAUUUAAGUAGAUUUCUUUUAUUCUCUUUAUACAUAGAUAUGUAGUAUAUCUUUUGUUCAUUGGUGAAUUGUUAUUUGACAUUUUUUCUGCAUUAUUUGACCCAUAUCCCUCAUUAUAGAUUAUUAACGGAUAAAUAUACCACUUAAUUUUGUUCAUUAAAUUCCUUACAUAGAGUAAUUCGUUAUGUUUCAACACUUACUACAAUAAAAAUUUUACCAAUUUUAGAUAGAAUACUCAGCAAAAGAUAUGUAUGCAGCCUAGAACAACAAUUUAGUAACAUUUUCUUAAGUUUUAGCUAACUUCUAAACUGAAAAUAGAUUUACAUUUUGCUUAUUUUAUACCAUUUAAAAGAUUCUAAGGAUUAAAAACAAAUUGAAACUUCUAAAACCAGUUUUUCUUAAAAUUAACAUUAUUUUUUCAUACAAUUUUAUAGCAAUCUUAUUCUCAAGGUGGUAAUUUAUUUAAAUUUAAAUCUAUUAUAGGGGACUAUAAAAUAUGCAAAAAAGAAUAAAAUAAGAAAUUGGCUCUUUGGUAGUUAAAUUAACAACAAACUAACAUAUAAAUUCCCUAUUAAUAAAGUUAAAGUUGCAUUUAAAAGCUUUAGUAUACGAUUUGUAAACAAGCUUAAAUAAUCUCAAAUAACAAAAUUUAAUUAAAACAAAAUUAACACUACAUACAUUACAUUAAAAUGUAAAAAGAUACUACUGUAGUAGACUGCUAGUUUAGAUUUAUUUUCUAUUAUCAUUAGUUUUAGAAUUAUUAUUAUUAUUUUUGUGCAAUAUCUUAUUAUUAUUAUUUUUUUAAUUUUUCAACACACACUUAUGUAUUAUAAAUGAAAAGAAAAAAAAAAAACUACUGAUCUCGUAUAUUUUUAAAAUAUAUGCAAAAAUAUAUAAAUAUUUCUACUAAAUUCGUGAUUUCAAAAUUUGUAUACAUUCUUACUAAUUUUUAAAUUUUGAACAAAAAGAAAAAAGUACUCUCCUCAAGUAUUAUUUAUUAAACACGUAUUAACAAAUAUAAAAGAAUUUAUUAAAUUUAGUUAAACUAUAUUUAUAUAAAAAUGUAUAUCAUUAAAAUUUUAUUUUUUUUUUCUUAUCUAAUUCUAUUUUAGUUCGAAAUUUAGUAAAUUUAGUGUUUCUUAACACAGUUGAUAACUUGGUUAUUAUUUUUUUUUAAGAUUAUUAAAUUGACAUUAAAACAGUAUUUUGGAAUUUAUGGAAUUUAAAUUUAUUAAUUUCAAAAAUUUUUUCUACAUAAAGAAUUUUUAAGUUUUAGAGAUAACUCUGUAUAUGUACAUAUACGUGUUCUUAACUUUGUAUCCAAAUAAAAUUUUAUUUAUUGUGACUUUAUUCUAUAUUAAAAUUUUAACAAUAUUUUAGGCUACAAACAAAUUAUACUUUGGAAUAUUAAUAAACGCUUAAUGCUAUUUUUCUUCAAACAUACAUAUACAUAUAUGUAUAUGUGAAUUUUCAUAACAACAAUGCAUAUCAUUUAUAACUAUUGCUGCAAAUGUCUUUUCAAUAAUCUACAAAAACUUGCAAAUUUCUCCACAAAUGUAUACAAAGAUUUCUUUUAUAUAUGAGAAUUUACCAAAAUUUGUAUUAAUUUAUAAAUUAACAAUAAUUGCCUUAUUCAUAACAAUUUUUCAAACUAAUUUUGUAUGACAAUUUGCCUUAUAAAACUUUGAUAAAUUUUUAUGAAUAAAGCUCUUAAACUUUAACAAUUGACUUUCUUUAGGAUACUUCAAAGCUGGUUAACAAAAAACUAAAAUAAUUUAUUUAUUAUCAUUCUAAAAUGUCAAAAGAAAGACAAAAUUUUAAUUGUUCAAAGUUUCAUUACUUAGAAACCUAGUUUCGCCUU